CCAGUUCAUCUCCCGUAAUGAAUAUAACAUAAAUGAUGCUCCUAUUGCGUUUCUCAAGGCAAUUGAUAUAAAAACCAAAUGACACGCUACAGCACAAUCCUUUUUGACCAUUCGAAUAUUGCAAAAAAAAAAAUAAGGCUAUUGGCACCUUGCAUGAACUCCGCAAGUCACACGCAUGUCUGGGUCAUUAUUGCCAGCCUGUCUCAUUUUUUCUUGUGCCCUGUUUUCCUGAGUGCUUCCAGAGGCAAUCAUCUAUUUCUUUAUAUUAGCCCACCUUUUUUUUUCUAACUUGCUUGCACUUUUCUUCCUAUUUUGAUUUACUUUUUACUGUUCAUCGCUUGGCCACCUUUUGUCUAUUCAUCAUGGGUCAAACACCAUCCUCCACUCGUCAUGACAAUGCGUCAACUCGAACUCUCCACUCCUCGUCCAUGGUGUCUCAGCGAUCAGGUGGUUUUUUACGACGAUUGUCACAACGGUUGCAUGCUCAUCCUACCACUCGUCGUUUUGCACGAGAUCAACGUCCUGUGCCUAGUUCAGCUUCCGUGACUUCUUCUGUGCGACGGGCCACCGUCGCCGCCACCACCGCAGCCGUGGCAGCGACCGGUCCUCUAGGAUCCGCCCACGGUCAAACUCGCUACCUCAGUUCCGAUACAGGAACACCCGUACCCGGAAUGCAAGGUCUUCACAGUCCCGGAAGAGGUGCAGCAGCAGGUGGUACCAAUGUUUCAAGUUCGGCCGCCUCGAUUGUCUCUGCGGUAUCCAAUGCAUCCGAUAUGUCUCACAUGUUGUCCGAGAUCAUCUCUGCAGCUGUAUUAAACGCCCUGCCUCAAUCCAAUGACUCGGACCGUCAAUCUUUUUUCCGUUACGUUCAGCUACCUAUGCGAUCCCCCAACUCUCAGACCCCGCCUUCUUCUACGACCGCUCCAUCUUUACCAUCACAGCAAGACGAGGCCAACCCUGCGCAUCGAAUGUUGCCGAUUUUCAUCGUUGGUUAUCGAUCCUCCACGUACGAUCCACCUACCGCCCCUUCUCUUCGACGACCGCGAUCUACCGUAUCCACUUCGUCUUCCCUUGCCACCUUGCAGUCGAUGCCACUGUCCACAUACUCCAGUCAACAGCCGCCACGGUCGACCCACUCCGCCGCAUCCACACGAGAAUCCAUCCAGGCUCCUACCAACACCAAUCAAUGGCUCAUCUACGUGGUGAGUGGACAACAGGCCCAUCCGCCUUGGCCUCUGCAUGAUAACCCGACGUACGAGGAACUGCUGUGGUUAUCCAACGUUCUCGGACCGGCCAGACCGCCUACCACGACGCAGGCCGCCAUUGAUGCUACGCUCCCAGUCAUUCUUUGGUCCGAUGACAGUUCGCAAAAGUAUAACGAACAGUGUCUCGUGUGUCUCGAUCAAUUUGCUCCCAAACAGGCCGUCCGCGUACUAAAGUGUCGCCACGUUUUCCACAUGGAAUGCGUCGAUCGAUGGCUUGUCGAAGGUCAUAAUUCUUGUCCUGUCUGUCGUGGCGUACCAGUUCAAUCGACUCCUUCACCAGCGCAGGCGCAGUAAAUCAUUGCAGUGUUUAAAGCAUCUAUCCGUCAUUAUCAUUAUAAUAUACCCUAUCUCAUUGCUACUCACUAUAAAAACAAAAAAGAAAGAAAGAGACAGAACAAGAAAGAAGC